AUGGGUAACUCUGCGUCCAAAGCCGCUCGUACCCUACCAAAAACGCCUUCUGCUGCUCGAGCAGCGCCACCAUGGGCAGGCGCCCGUACACCGGGUCCAACAGAUGUUGGGCCGGGACCUAAUGCCGUGCAACCCGGGCCUCAGAGGCAUCCUGUUGCCCGCGCAAGCGAGCUCAAAGACGAGGAUAUUGAACGGGACGCAUCUGACCCGCAGCUUUUGGCAAACUUGCGCGAACUGGGACAAGUGAAAGUAGAUCAUCGUAUGGAGACCGAGAGGACGCAUGCCGCUGUGCAGAAAGCUUUUGAGUCUCGUGCUCGCGCAGAGGCGGACGCCGCAGGCGCAACUACCCCGCGCAACCGUCUAUGGGGCUACGCUCUCGCCACGCUACUUGAACAGCGUCUAUCCGUCAAAUCUGACCAGGAGUUGUCGAACCUUGCGAACAAGUUCAAUAUGGAUGGCGCUGUUCUGGCAAGAUUGGCGAAGACGGUCAACGUUCCCAGCAUCAAAGAAGGAAGCGAGAGGAGGGAGGUGGACAGCCAAGGGAAUGCGUCAGAGACCGUUGUAGCUGAAUGGCGUGAACCCGUACUUGACAGCGCGGACGGCGCCGCACGGAUUGCCAGCUGA